GAAUGGGGAGAGACUGGGGGGUCCUGCGGGCCAGGAUGGGCAAGGAGGCUGGGGGCUGGCGUACCUGGCCAUGAUUCCCCAACCCCUGCCACCCCCCCCCAGGAGCAGCAAUGUCUGUGCAGGUGGCAGCCCCCAGCGGCGUGGGGCUGGGCCCAGAGCGCCUGAGCCCCGAGGAGCUGGUGCGGCAGACGCGGCAGGUGGUGCAGGGGCUAGAGGCCCUGCGGACAGAGCACCACGGCCUGGCCGGGCACCUGGAGGAGGCCCUGGCGGGACAGGGCCCCGUGGCCGGCUGGGAGCUGCUGGAAGAAAAGCAACAGGUGGUGAGCCACUCGCUGGAGGCCAUCGAGCUGGGGCUGGGCGAGGCCCAGGUGCUGCUGGCCCUGUCGGCGCACGUGGGCGCGCUGGAGGCCGAGAAGCAGCGGCUGCGAGCGCAGGCCCGGCGGCUGGCGCAGGAGAACGCGUGGCUGCGGGAGGAGCUGGAGGAGACCCAGCGGCGGCUGCGGGCCAGCGAGGAGGCGGUGGCCCAGCUGGAGGAGGAGAAGAGCCACCUCGAGUUCCUGGGGCAGCUGCGGCAGUACGACCCGCCCACGGAGAGCCAGCCGCCCGAGUCGCCCCCUCGCCGAGACAGCCUGGGCUCCCUGUUCCCCAGCGAGGAGGAGAGAAGAGGUCCCGAGGCGGCAGGGGCGGCGGCGGCUCAGCAGGGCGGCUACGAGAUCCCAGCCAGGCUUCGGACCCUGCACAACCUCGUGAUCCAGUACGCGGGGCAGGGCCGCUACGAGGUCGCGGUGCCUCUGUGCCGGCAGGCCUUAGAGGACCUGGAGCGGAGCUCAGGCCACUGCCACCCUGACGUGGCCACCAUGCUCAACAUCCUGGCACUGGUGUACCGGGACCAGAAUAAGUACAAAGAGGCCACAGACCUUCUCCACGAUGCCCUGCAGAUCCGGGAGCAGACGCUGGGCCCGGAGCACCCCGCGGUGGCUGCCACCCUCAACAACCUGGCGGUCCUCUACGGGAAGCGUGGACGCUACCGGGAGGCAGAGCCCUUGUGCCAGCGCGCCCUGGAGAUCCGUGAGAAGGUCCUAGGUGCCGACCACCCGGAUGUGGCCAAGCAGCUCAACAACCUGGCCCUGCUCUGCCAGAACCAGGGCAAGUUCGAGGACGUGGAGCGGCACUACGCCCGAGCCCUAAGCAUCUACGAGGCGCUGGGCGGGCCCCACGACCCCAACGUGGCCAAGACCAAGAACAACCUGGCCUCAGCCUACCUGAAACAGAACAAGUACCAGCAGGCGGAAGAGCUGUACAAAGAAAUCCUCAGCAGGGAGGACCUGCCCGCCCCUCUUGGAGCCUCCAACAGAGCCGGUGAUGCAGAACAGCAGACCCUCCGUCGCAGCAGCUCCUUCUCCAAGCUCCGCGAGUCCAUCCGGCGUGGAAGUGAGAAGCUGGUCUCCCGCCUCCGAGGCGAAGGGGUGGCGGGCACAGCCGGAAUGAAGAGAGCCAUGUCACUCAACAUGUUGAACGUGGAUGGCCCGAGGGCUGCUGGGACUCAGUUUCCCAACCGGCACCUGGGCGAGGCCCCUCGGACCCUAAGCACCAGCACCCAGGACCUGAGUCCCCACUAAAGCCGACUGGACCGUGCAGG